UUCAAAUCCAGUCGUUUGGACUGUUAGGUGUUGGACGCGCUCGUUGCGAGGAGAUAGACUGUGGUGGUGUUUUUUUCACACAAUUCGGCGUGUCAGAAGUAGCAGAGGAGAACCUUUGAGGACGCAGUGUGUUUAAGAAGAUGGACGCGCAGCAGCCUGGAGUCUCUGCUGAUCCGUACACAUUUGAUGCCCCUUCACAUGUGAUGCAUGAUUUCUGUUCAGACACUGAGGAUAAUGCUGAUCAGUGGUUUGACCUAAUGGCUGCACCAAAAAAUGGUGAAAUGGAGCAACUCAUAACCCCCUUAAGGGUGCCAAAACCUUUUGAUGGGAUGUACAAUGAAGACCUGCCUAAAGCUAUAGUCUCGCCCAUGGUGCAUGUGGCUGAGGCAACGACGACAUCAACAAAUGUCGUUCCUGAAGGUACUGCUCCAGUAUCUAACAUUGUGACUUCGUGGGGAGACAACAGACCGACUGGAGCUCCCAGUCAGGCUCAGAAGAAGAACGUACCAGCUCAGCCACGCAGAAUCCUAAAGCGUUCUAUGGUCAAAGAUAAACCUCAAGCUCCUACCACACCUCCUGUGAUAAAGAAGAGAAGAGUUAUUCCAACUGCAAGGAGAACGAUUUUACGUCCACCACGCAGGAGCUCAACCGGGGCAAAGCAAGCUCGCCGUAGUGGUGCUGCCCCCACCAGGCGCAGCAUCAGGCAAAAGAGCAAACCAGGCAGGCCUUCAGCUGCUGCAUCUGCAUCUACUGCCUCUGGUAACCAACAGAAGAGCACAGAGCAGCAGGAGAUGGAGCGUAUCGAGGCCCUGCAAAAGGAGGUGGCCGAGCAGCGCAAGAGGAACGAAGCCAGCUACAGAGCUGCACUGGCAGGAAGUCAGCCUCCAAAGAAGCACGUUCUGUCCUCUACCAUUCCCAAAGAAUUCAACUUUCGCUCAGAUAAUAGAGUGAAAAGCCAUACAGAACAUUCUGAAGCGUCAUACAAGGAGUGUGACUUCACUGCACAACUGCGCAAGCACCCAUCUUCACCAUUAAAGGCUCAUAAGGGCACUACAGUCCCCAAGCCUUUCAACCUCUCCACUGGGAGCAAGAGGAAGUUGGAUGAAAGCAGUACCUAUGUAUCCAUGGCUGAGCAGAUUGAACAAUUUCAGAAGCGCACACCCACUCGUUAUCAUCUUCGCAGCCGCCAGAGCCAGGAAAAGGGCCCAUCACCAGUGAAGACUGAGAAGCCCAAGGUUACUCACCCUCACACACCCCAGCUCAUGACCCGCCAGAGGAGCCGCCCAGUUAUGGUGAAGAGUGCCGCUGAGAUUGAGGCUGAAGAAGUGGAAAAACUGCAGCAGUUUAAGUUCAAAGCUCUAGAGCUUAAUCGUAAGAUCCUUGAAGGCGCCCUGGUUCCGAAGAAGCCACCUCCUAAAGACGCUACUCGUCCAGAGGGCUUCCAGCUAGAGGUGGAGAAACGUCUUCAAGAGCGACAUACAACCAAAAAGACGACUGAGCAGGAAGACCACACCUUCCACUCAAGACCCUUACCGACCCGUAUCCUGGAGGAGGUCGUGGGUGUCCCGGAGAAGAAAGUACUGAACCCCACUGUUCCUGAAUCUCCUGCAUUUGCGCUCAAAAACCGCGUGCGAGUGGAACGCAAAACCGAAGAGGUGAAAGCGCCGGCUCCGCUGAAGGCCCUUCCUGUGCCCCACUAUGUGCCCUUCCAGCCCAAACCUGCAGCAAAGAACCAUGUCGAAAUGUGUCCUUUCUCUUUCGAGCAGCGUGAGCAGGAGCGCAGAGCACAGAAAGAGAAAAAAUUGGAAGAACUGAGAAAUGAAGAGCUGCCCAAGUUCAAGGCUAGGCCAUUGCCCGACUUCCAUGAUGUGAGUCUUCCAGAAAAGAAAGUAACCGAACCUACCAAACCUGCUCCUUUCAGACUGAUGGUGGAUGAGCGUGGAUCUUUGAAGAGUGAGCGCUGGGAGCAAAUGGUAAAAGAGGAGUUGAAGCAGCAAGCUGAAGCGGCGUGCUUCAAGGCGAGACCCAAUGCAGUCGUGCACAAGGAGCCUUUCGUGCCCAAAAAAGAGAACCGAUCAGUUUUGGCCGAUACUACCCAUUCUAUAGUUGCCGAAGGUUUCCAGCUGUCAACAGAGCGCCGCGCUAAGGAGCGUUUGGAGUUCGAGCAGGCUCUAAAGGAGAAGGAGUCUCUGAGGGCGCAGAUGGAGGAGCAGAGAGCCAGAGAGCAAGAGGAGCGUGAGAAGGAAGAAAUUGCCAGGUUACGGCAAGAACAGGUGCAUAAAGCCCAGCCAAUCAGGCGCUACAAGCCAGUUGAGCUGAAGCACAGCGAGAUGUCCCUUACCGUGCCCCAGUCUCCAAACUUCUCUGAUCGCUUUCGUCUGUAAAGUCUCUCAUUAUGACACACUGUAUAUAAUUUAAAUGUCUUUUUUUUUUUUUUACUUUUUAAACUCUCUUGCGUGGUUAAGCACCAGUUUAUGUCCUCUUCGGGACUAUAGGGUGUUCUUUACAUACUCACACUUGUUUUCGCGAGUGUGAUUCAUUGCAUUAUGUGAAAUGUUGUACAAUGUUUUCUCAUUCUUCUGUACAUUUUUAGCCUCUGCCAUUUUCUCUCUAGCAUUUUUCCAUUCUUUUUUUUUUAUGUAUUAAGUAAUGGUGGAUUCUUUCCCCAUCUUUUUCCCCCCAUUAUUAGAUACUUUUUGUAUUAUAAGGAGAAAUGCCCAUUCCAGUUGAAUGUACUGAACUAUAUUCUCCUGUCCUGACUUUUACAAGUUUGUCUGGGAAUGUUUAUAUGAAGAUUAAAAAAUGUCUUUGCUAUUAGAUGUGAUGUUUCGUCCCCCUUUUUAAA